GUAGUGCUGUCGCUGGCGCUGUGGGAGGCUGCGCCGUAAAGCACUGUACCUCUCCCGUAAACAAUAGUUUCUACUCGGUUGGAAAAAAAAAGAAAUAUGUAGUGUCGUUGACGAUGCGUCAGUUAUUGUGUGAAGAGAAAUAUUGUCCGCAACAGAGUCAUGACGGCGGCCUCGGGAGCAGGCCUGCUGUUGGCUGUCGUCUGGGGCCUGAUCGUGGUUGUCUCGCAGGCACGGCCGCCAAAGUCCAAGGCGCCACCGUCGUGGAAGCUGCAUGUGGACCUUCACUACGUGAGGACCUGCCCCGAACACCCCAUCAUGUCCUGCCCUGCCACCAACUACUUCCUGAACAAGGAUGGCGAGCUCAUGUACAACGCGACCUGCGUCGUCUCCAAGAACGUCAAAGAUAUUACCGAGGCGACCUUCAAGCUGACCCGGUGCCGCGACGCGGUCUCCUCCAACACCUGCGAGUACUACAAGACGUUCCAGUGGUCAAUCGGGAUCUGCGAGCUCUUGAAAAUCAACUCGCUGCCCCUCGGCCAGAUGUGGAGCAAGUGGUCACCUCCUAUGUACUGUCCAAUUUCAGCCGGCAACUACACGAUGACCAACGUGAAGAUCAACAUCCAGGACGCGGGGAAGCUCAUAGACCUGCCGGGCUACGUGUGGAUAGGCACAGCGACCAUGCGGGCAGGCAACGAGCUGUUUGACUGCAAGACGUUCGAGUUUAAGGCGACUAAAACGCGGGCAUGACCCAUAGUUAUUUCUUUUCCAUACAUUUAUUAGAAACCUCCCAGCACUAUUUCUUUUUGCUAUGAUUUUGGACAGCUGGUUUUACAUCAGAAACUCAGCAAGUGUUUGAAAAUCGCACAUUCGAAGGUAUGUGAACACGGUCGUGCAUCAUAGAAACAUAUGUGUGUAAAUUUCAAAGCAAAUAAAAAAAGUGUACGGGC